AUGUCUUCCUUUGGAAUUGAAAUAAUCCCACUAUACAGAAUAAUGCUAAAUCACCUCAUUAGAAUGGGUCAGAAAGACGUUGUGUGGCUGUACCGUUUGGUUUGGUUGGGUUUACUCCUAACACUAGCUGAUAUGGCCAAGACUCCGCCACUAGAUGAUCAGUGUGAAAGUAGUACAGAGUCAAACUCCGCUACCACAGAACCUUUAACUCCUGCUGCAACUGCCACCAUUGAAAAUAGCACCACCACAUCGUCAUCAUCACUAACUAGUGAACCACCCUUAGACAAUUUUACUUCAGAAUCAUUAACCACUGUCACUGCAACUACCAUCAUUGAAAAUGCUAGCACUAAAUCGUCAUCAUCACUAAGUAGUGAACCACCCUUAGACAUUUUUACUUCAGAAUCAUUAACCACCGUUACUGCAACUACCAACAUUGAAAAUGCUACCACCACAUCGUCAUCAUCACUAACUAGUGAACCACCCUUAGACAUUAUUACUUCAGAAUCAUUAAGCACCGUUACAUCUCCUUCAUCAUCUACCGCUUCAGUUUCAGAUUCUACUAACACAGAAACCUCACUAUCAACAAGUACAUUGUCCUCAUCACCUAGUAUAACUGGCACAGUACCGUCUACAACACCUCACUUUACAACUGACCUCUUCUCCACAUCAGUUCCAGAGGAUCUUACUACUUAUCCAUUAAACAGCACAUCAACAACUCAGUCCAUCUCAAUCAGUAAAGCUUCAACUGACAGCACAGAACCACUAGCCAAAACAGCUGCUACAGACACAGUUUCCGCAAGUGCACAAUCAAUAAAUCAGACAAGUGUCUCAACUCUGUCAUCUGAAUUACAUAACAGAACAGAUUUAACGGUGCCAACAUCCACACCACUUGUAGAAGAACUCAUAUUAGAACAAGGUACUGUCUCAGAAAAUCCUACUACCACUCAGUCAACCGUUCUUACAACACAGUUGGAAACAAAUGCUACAACGUUACUUUCAAAUCCUCCAUCAACACCCUGCCAGUCACAGCCUCUACUGAAUUAA